AUGGUCACCACUGCCGUCGCGGCGGUCGCCGGCGCCGUGCCGCCGCCUCGGAAAGCCAAAGAUGUAACUGUAGCUACACCACCACCUCCCACCCUCACUAGAAGGCAGCUCCUCGUCGCGGUCGCCACCGCCUCCACCCUCCGCACGACCGCCGUCUUAGCUGCGGCCCCCAGAUUCGCCGAGAUCCCCGGCUCCGGCGGCGUGAAGGCCCUGGACCUCCGGGAGGGUUCAGGAGAGAUCCCGGCCGUCGACGACCAGGUUGCAAUUCAUUAUUAUGGGAGAUUAGCAGCGAAGCAAGGAUGGCGCUUUGAUUCCACCUAUGACCAUAAGGACGAGACUGGUGAUCCCAUGCCGUUUGUCUUCACCCUUGGGUCUGGCAAAGUUAUACCUGGUAUGGAAGCAGCAGUGAAGUCCAUGAGAGUCGGUGGUCUUCGCCGGGUGAUCAUUCCACCAUCACAGGGAUACCAAAACACAUCACAAGAACCAAUUCCUCCCAAUCACACUCCGCGUGUUAAUGGGAAAAUUCCAGAUUUUAAUAAUGCGACAAUUGAUCAUGAAUCAUUAUUAGAAAGACUGGGCACUUAUGGCUUAGCUGAAUACCAAAUAGAAGGAGAUGGGAAUUGCCAGUUCCGAGCUCUGGCAGACCAGAUAUUCCGCAAUCCUGACUACCACAAACAUGUGAGGAAGGCGGUAGUGAAGCAGCUGAAGGAAUUCAGGAAACACUAUGAAGGCUAUGUGCCAAUGGAAUAUAAGGUUUACUUGAAGAAAAUGAAAAGAUCUGGGGAAUGGGGAGAUCAUGUGACCUUACAGGCAGCUGCAGACAGGAGCUUUGGCUAA